AGUGCCACUGGAUACAAUUGAUUAUCUCCCAAUCAACAAUAACUUGUUAGUAGUGGUCGAUUCCAGGCAGCUUUUUGAACCUGACCGUUUCAAGAAGCGGCAUUCUGUCGGGCUGUUUGACGUUGUGGCCACACCGCUAUACUCGGGGACCGUGGACUGGACCAGUGGCACUUUAACAGGACUUUUAGUCCCUCAACCCUGCGGCAAAAAGAUGCUUCAGACUCGGUACCUGUAAUCCCGGGAUUUUUCAACAUAAUUUCUGUCACUUGUUCCUGCGAUCAUUGAUAUUUUCUACUAGUAUCCACAUUUUGAUAGGGUAUAGUCCUAAAAUUUGCAAUCCAUAAUUGGUGUGUGUCGCGAGGUAAUAACAAAAUAAUGACCUCCAAGGAAGACGCAAAAGGCGCCUCGGUGGAGGACCGAAGACGCAGUCCUCUGGAUCACCUGCCUCCACCUGCCAACUCCAACAAGCCCCUUACGCCCUUCAGUAUCGAAGACAUCCUCAACAAACCCUCAGUGAAGCGAAGUUACACUAUUUGCGGGACAGCGCAUCUGAUCUCGUCCGGGGAGAAGCAUCCUUCGUCAGGUCAUCCACUGUCCAAUCGCGCACUUCUUACCCAAACCUCUCCUUUGUGCGCCUUGGAAGAACUAGCCAGCAAAACAUUCAAAGGCCUGGAAGUGAGCGUUUUGCAAGCUGCAGAAGGUAGGGACGGUAUGACACUGUUCGGGUCGCGGAAUACUCCCAAAAAGCGAAGGAAGUCCCGAACGGCCUUCACCAACCACCAGAUCUAUGAGCUGGAGAAGCGCUUCCUUUACCAGAAAUACCUGUCCCCCGCCGACAGGGAUCAAAUCGCCCAGCAACUGGGUCUGACAAACGCCCAGGUCAUCACCUGGUUUCAGAACCGCCGAGCAAAGCUCAAGCGAGACCUGGAGGAGAUGAAAGCGGACGUGGAGUCAGCCAAAGCCACGGGUACGGUUCCUUUUGAAAAAAUGGCUAAACUAGCAGACCUUGAAAAGUGCGCCAACGGGACUUUAGGACAUCCUAUGCCCGAGUCUCCCACGCUCUCCAGCCACGAGAGCUCAAACAAACUGCAAAUGUCGCCGUCGUCACCGUUGACAGACCACACAACGAGUAAGGAGUGCUCGGAAGACGAGGAUGAGGAGAUUGAGGUGGACGACUGAACCUCUAGAACAGUACCAGCACAUAUAUCACGGUUUCUGAUAGCGCUAAAAGUGCCAUUAACGCACCAAAUGUAUUUAUGUGACUUUUAUAUAAACGAAAAUAUUCAAACCAAGCAUGGACAGUCUCCACAAAAUCUAUUUAUGCAGCGACAGCUAUAUGAGUAACCUAUUCGUUCUUUUAUUUAAUCACCUGCGAGAAAGCAAUAAGAGGUUCCCUCACACCUAACAUAUAAAUAGAAAAGACCCUGCAGGACUGGAAUGUGUGUGUAUGGGUGCGUGUGUGUGUGCAAUCAAACUUGCUAGUCCUCAGAAGCUACUUCUAGAUCACGGUCUCUCUCUCUCCCACUCCCUCUCUCUCUCUCUCUCUCUCUCUCUCUC